CAGCGGCGCCAGCGGUGCCAUCGCACUCCGGCAGCGCGUGGUGCCUGCAGCCGCUGCCGGUCAGCCUCGGGAGAAAAGCUCCCGCGAACCCGUCUCCUACCCUAGCAUGGGAUGGGCGAGCCCUGCGAGCGCAGUGCCUGCUCGCCAGCCGCUGGCAUAAAGGAAGGAGCGGACAGGGAGUUCUGGGACACGCCGCUGGAUUUCCUGGAGAGCGCUCAGAUGGACAACGGCAGCAACGCGUCCUUCCUGCAGUUCUUGAAGACUAUCAACCUGGAGCGAGCCGACGGCAUGCAGGGGGACAGUUCUGAUGUGGUGAGGAUUGUCAUCUCUCUGGUAUACUCCGUGGUGUGUGCCCUGGGACUGGUGGGCAACCUGCUGGUGCUCUACCUGAUGAAAAGCAAGCAAGGCUGGAGGAAAUCCUCGAUCAACCUCUUCGUGACUAGCCUGGCAGUGACUGAUUUCCAGUUUGUGCUGACCUUGCCAUUCUGGGCAGUGGAGAAUGCGCUGGACUUCAACUGGCUCUUUGGCAAGGCAAUGUGUAAGAUCGUCUCCUAUGUGACAGCAAUGAAUAUGUAUGCCAGUGUAUUCUUUCUCACUGCCAUGAGUGUGGCUCGAUACCGCUCUGUGGCUUCAGCCCUGAAGAAUCAGCGUCGGAGAGACCCAAUGGCUGGCUGCUGCUCUGCCAAGUGGCUUUGUGCAUUCAUCUGGCUGUCAGCUGUCCUGGCUUCCCUGCCCCAUGCCAUUUUUUCCACCACUGCCACUGUCUUUGAUGAUGUUCUCUGCCUUGUCAAGUUCCCAGAGGGCCAAGGCAGCAAUGCUCAGUUCUGGCUGGGUCUGUACCACAUCCAGAAGGUGCUGCUGGGCUUCGUGGUGCCGCUGGUCAUCAUUAGUCUCUGCUACUUGCUCCUGGUGCGCUUCAUCAGUGACAAGCACGUGGGCAGCACCUGCAGCGGCCCCAGUAUCAAGCGCCGCUCCAAAGUCACUAGGUCAGUGUCCAUCGUGGUGCUGUCUUUCUUCCUGUGCUGGCUGCCUAACCAAGCACUUACAACGUGGGGGAUACUCAUCAAACUCAACGUGGUUCACUUCAGUAACGAGUAUUUUCUCUCCCAAGUAUACCUCUUCCCCAUCAGCGUGUGCCUGGCACACUCCAACAGCUGCCUCAAUCCCGUUCUCUACUGCCUCAUGCGCAGGGAGUUCCGCAAGGCACUGAAGAACCUCCUCUGGAGGAUCACCUCACCUUCCCUCACCACCAUGCGCCCUUUCACUGACACCACCAAGCCUGAGAAGGAGGAGCAGGCCCUGCAUGCCGUGAUGCCUGUCCGCCCUGCCCCUGCUGCUCCCCGGGCUGCAGCCGUGCAGGCAGACGUGGCCUAUUACCCCCCCGGCGUGGUGAUGUACACCAGCCGCUACGACCUGCUGCCUGCCAGCUCCAUGGAGCAGCACUGCUGAGAUGGCAGGGGGCUCCGGGGGGUGGGACAGUGCCAUAUGUGGCCUGGGGAUAUUGAAUGCCUGGUCAGGACAAGGGGAGGAGGGAUGAGUAAAGGAGGACUUCUUAGUGAGAGAUGCUCUUUUGUGGUUUUGUCUGCUCUUGGAGACGCUUGAUGGACGUUUUUGUCUGGAAAAUGCACCCUGAGCUGGAGAACAGGACUAGGAGAAGGUAGUGGUGGGGUGUUUUUUAGUGCUUGUUCCUGUGCUUGGGAACAAGAACUAAUGAGGGUGAUGGGACUCCAGCCACGGAGGAUGUGGGAUGCAUGUAAAGCACCACAGGGAGGUGAGGGGCUGGUUGGGGUGGACUGAAGCUGGAAGGCCGCAAGCAUGUCCCCUGAAGCUGGAGUUGCAAGCAGCCCUCACACCCUUGUGUGUUUGUCUGUGGCAGGGAGAGGGAGCUGAGCUGCUCUCUCCCUGCUGCAGGACCCUGUAAACCAUGACUGACUGGUCACUGCUCCCUGGGCUCAUCUGAGGCCAUGGGGAUCAGCCAGCCUCUCUUCUAUUUCAAACCUGGCCUGAGAGGAACAGCCAGGACAAGUGGGAACAAAGCUCCUGCUUGUUCAGGCUUGGUGUCUUUCCCCUCUUUUAGGGACUUAGGAAAGAGUGGGCACAAAGAACACUGUGCUCCCCUCCAGAUCAGUGCAGAAUCUGCUUUGCUAGCUACCCCCAUCCCUUCAGGGGCUGCCAGGGUAUAGAGCAAACCAGAGAGCCAAGGAGAAACCAAGGACAGAAUUUGCAGCUUCAUGGAGUGUUCCUUAGCCUGGGUUUGGAGGGAGGAUGUUCCCCUAAUACUGUUCCCCAGCCUCUCCCCAGGCCACUGAGGGGAAAGGAAACCUCACAGCCCCAGACCAUGUGUAGCAAGACAGCAUCUCUCCCACGGCACUGAGGUUGCAGGCUUAAUUCUUGCUGCACUUCAGACUGUUCUUAUUUCACUUCAGGAAAUCAGCACAACUGUAAAUAAAAUUAAAAAUUUUUACAAAAACCAAAAAACAAGAGGAAAAAGAAACAAUCCUAGCCACUUCAAAUCACUUGCUCUGGGAUAUUUCUGGGUUCACUUAAAACCAAGCACAAAGGCUUUAGUUCUGCUGAGGGUUUGCACUGACUCUUGCCAGUGUUUCAGUGAAGUGAAGUUCCUUUAGUCUGAGCAGCCCUGGGGCCUACAGUGCUUAUGUAGCCUAGAGAAUGUCAGGGAUUGGCCUUUACCAGCCUCUGUUCCAGAGAAAUGCCUGGGAAAUAAUUUGAGUUUUAUCUGAAUCAAACUUAUAGGGGGAUAAGAAAAGUGUAUUUUUAAGCUGUGAAAGUUUUUACGAUAAGGAUAUAUAUUUACUUCUUAAAAUAUUUUUUUUAAUGACGAGGAAAGAAUUUUAAAAUCAAAAGAUUAAAGUAUUUGUUUUAAAUGAUAGAAAAAUGCAACAUUUCUGGUUUUGUUUUCAGAACAGAAGUUCAUUAAUCCCUAGUACCGCAUUUAAGAUGAUUAUUUAAAUACAAUUUUCAAAACUGUUUUCUAUUUCCAACCCCUUUCCUUGCAGUCUAACUCCAACAUCUGCCUGGUUCUGCUAAAAAGGCAUUUUUUCAGAGGGUUGUUAGUCACCUCUGAGUACUGACAUGAAGCAAAUUUGGUAUUUCUGUCCAUGGUGGCAAUUACACUUUUCAGACUCUGUUAGGUGGACGUAGGUGUGCUACGUGUUGGUAGCUCCUGUUGUUAAAUUAGUGUUUGGUCUGAAAGCAGCUGGUUCUGCUACUUGCAAGGAGAGUUGUUAUCUUUUUUUUCAAGGCAGAAAAGACUUCUCCAGCCUUGGGCAUUUGCUGACGGGAAGAUGCUGAUGAGCAAGUUGUCUGAAGAAGAACAACAGAAGUAAGCUGGCAG